CAGACUCUGGAAUUGUCAAGGCCUCUGAUUUCCUUUCCAGGCUAUUGAUAAUGGGCUUUGUUAUCUCACCCCUUUGAUUUUGAUUUUCUUCAAAUCAAAUGAUAAGAAAUGAGAGUCACCCUUGACGGGGAGAACCAAAGGCGGCCGAAGGAGUAGCAGUUUCCCGCCAAAAAAAAGAAAAAAAGCAGAAGCAGAGAACAUGAACCCUAAUUGCAUUGCAGCGUGGUAAGAGGUCAGAGCGAGCAUGGAAAUGGCGGUCAACUCUGUUUCACCGUCCGAAUUUGAUUCAUCCACUCCUCCUGAGUCCUCUGAAAAGAAUCUACAGCCUUUCUUCAUUCUUCACAAAGCAUCCUCGCGAAGUUCCCACAGGAGGAGGAUCCAUCUCUCUCCAUCAAAAUCUGUCAUCAAAACCGACGACCUCUUGCUGCGAAUGGAAGCUUUUCAAUCUGUUUGGUCCGAGAUUCACUCCGCCAGCAAGGAUGUUCUUAGGGAUAUCAAUACUAGCGCAUUCAACGACAUAUAUCAUUGGGUUCGCCAGUCCUUCCAUGCUAUUACAUCAUAUGGAAUGCCUGGUUUCGGCCAAGCAACUCGCUCUUUUCCCCUUCUUACUCAUGCUACUUCCAAACAACUCUUCACUGGGCUGGUUUUGACCAAGAAUAUGGAGUUUGUUGAUGAUUUACUGACAUUUGAAGAGCUUGGCCUCUGCCUGAAAUCUCAUGGAUGCCACGUGGCUAACCUUUCGUCAACUGACUUUUCGGCCAAGAACGGGAUUGGUGGUUGUCUGAGAAGUUUAUUGAGACAGUUUUUAAUGGUUUCCUUGGACGCAGCAGACAUGUCCAUCUUAGCAUCAUGGUACAGAGAACAAGGAAACUACAAUUCUCCACUGAUUGUAAUUGUAGAUGAUAUGGAACGAUGUUGUCCGUCUAUUUUGUCAGUUUUCAUUCUCACUUUGAGUGAAUGGGUUGUCAAGAUCCCAAUAAUUUUAAUAAUGGGAGUUGCAACAACACUGGAUGCCCCAAGAAACAUACUUCCUUCAAAUGUGCUGCAGCAGUUGUGCCCUUGUAAAUUUGUAUUGGGUUCACCAGCUGAGAGAAUGGAUGCAGUUCUUGAGGCUGCACUUUUGAGGCAGUGUUCUAUGUUUUGUAUUGGCCAUAAGGUGGCAGUUUUUCUGAGAAACUACUUCUUAAAUCAGGAUGGGACAGUAACAUCUUUUAUCAGAGCGCUGAAGAUAGCAUGUGCUCAACAUUUCUACAUGGAGCCUUUAAGCUUUAUGGCUGGUGCACUUUUUGAAGAAGACAAUCAGGGGUUUCAGGGUGAGAGAAAUGUUUUAUUGGAAGGGAUGCUCAAGUAUGCUUCUGAGCUUUCAUCACCUGAUAGUGAUACAAGGGCUGAACAGAUUGAUACUACUUUGACUUGUCGGUUAAGAGAGUUGAAAAGAUUGCAAAAAUGCUGGAGCAGUAUUGUCCUGUGCCUUUAUGAAGCUGGAAAACAUAAAAUCCGACUGCUGGACAUAUUUUGUGAGGCACUUGAUCCAGAGGCUUACAAUUCGGUGGCUUCUGAUAAUCACACUGGAUUAGGCAAAGGUUUUGGAAUAUCCACUCCAAGUGAUCCCUCUAUGCGUCAGCAAUGCUUUACCAUGCGAAAGGGUGGUUUUAUUUGUCAAGCAAUUCAAAAAGUGAGACUACUUCCAGAAGCAUCGCUGUCUCAGUUGCUUAAGAGUUGGGAAAAUCUCACUGUGGAUAUUUAUGAGAUCCAUGACAAAGUGAAGGAGCUGCAGUCGAUGGUGAAACUUGAGGAGGGAAGGAUUUCGAAAGAAGAUUUGACAGACAUAUGCAUAUUGUGUUCAAAUGACAGGAGACAUGCAUCCUGGAGGCGCUUGAAUAUUGAGUCCUCAAAGAGAAUAAAUGAAAAAGCUGCUUCUUUAAUUGAUUGUAUGGUUAGGGAUUUUCUAAGGCCAAUUGAAUGCCUUCCUUUUCAUGAAAUUGGUUGCUUUAGAAAUGUUGAAAAACUUCAGUUGGCUUUAAUUGGAGAUCCAAGAAGAAGGGUUCAACUUGAUCUUUUGGAAUUCCACAAAAUCUUGUGGUGUAGUUGCUGCAGCAGGAGUUGCAAUAUUCCAUUACCAUCUAUGCCAGAUACCUCAAUUAUGUAUACACUAGCCCAGGAGCAUGGUGAUCUUAUCAAUCUUCCUGAGUGGUUCCAAUCUUUCAAAACAAUUAUCAGUCACAUAAGCACUAAAGGGAAACGCAAGACAAAGCAAUCCAUGCUGCCAAAGAAAACAAAAUAUAUCAAUGAAUCUGAAGACAAGAGUGAAGCAUCGAUUCAAGCACGGUUUUGCAGGGCAGUUACAGAGCUGCAGAUUACAGGGCUCAUACGGAUGCCCACCAAAAGACGUCCUGAUUGUGUCCAGAGAGUGGCCUUUGGGCUGUAAGCCUUUUUUCCACCAUUUCUAUUUUCUGCUUUGCCUUAUAUUAAUGUACAUUUUUUGUCUUUGUAAUUAAUACUUGACACCUUUUAAGUUUAACGAAUUAAUAUCAUAAGCACACAGACAGCACUAGUAAUAACUAAUCAAAAAUGUCAUAUGGAAAAAUGGGUUAAUAAACUAAGUUUUACAAUCUCGUUAACAAUAAUUAUCCUAUAUCAUUAUUUAUCUAAACUUUUUUUUACUGUAUAACUUUUGGAAUAUUUAUUCUUUGAAUGGAGAAUGUUUUGGUUUUC